UUGCUUUCGCGCCAAGAGAAUUUUCUCUCCCAUAUAUUUCCCUUUCUUCUUCUCUCCUUCAUAUCUCUGAUUCUGCUCUGGUCUUCGUCUCAGAUCUUUCCAUUCUUUGAUUCUUUCUCGAUUGAACAAUCAUGAAAAGAGAAAUCUCAUCGCGUGCUCCAUCCGACCAUUACUGCGGCAAUGUCUCAACUCCUAAAUUGAGAUACUCUGCUGCCCAGAAGAUGGAUGAUAAGGAAGAGCAUCAUCAAAUGUCAGACCCAAAAUCCAUUGAUACCAAGAAGAAGAGUUCAAGUCACAGUUCGUGUCAUUCCCGGAAAUGUAUUCACGUUAUUGUCCUGAUAGUGUUCAUCUGCUGGUUCAUAGUCUGGUGGUUCUCUAAUCCUGUAAAUGUGGAGAUAAAGAUGAAAGGGUUUUUUUCUGUACAUCGAUUCAUGGCGCAACCAAUGAACAACAUUCAGGAUGAUCUGCCAACCAUGUUGACUCCCUCUCCAUCUAAUGGCUUGGCUCCUCUGGAACUCAACAGUGGCAGUGAGAUACAACAACUUGAUGUGGAGAAAAAAGAUGGAAGGAUUGUUGCUGUGCAUCGAUUCAUGGCACUACCAAUGGACAACACUCGGGACAAUCUGCCAACCAUGUUGCCUCCCACUUCAUCCAACGGCUUGGCUCCUCAGGAACUGAACAAUGGCACCGAGCCACAACAAUCCGUAAAUGUGGCGGAUAAAGAUGGAAGCAUUGUUUCUGUACAUCGAUUCAUGGCGCCACCAAUGGAAAACACCACUCAGGACAAUCUGGCAACCAUGUUUCCUCCCACUCCAUCUGACGGCUUCGCUCCUCAGGAACUGAACAAUGGCAGUGAGCUGAGGAAAAUCAUGUGAGAGGUUAUUUUGUUUGUACGAGAAGAUGGUCUGAAUUUUCUGUUUCAGUUCUGUAUGUAGGCCUCUGAUUGCUUGUUACAACUAUUAGUCUCCGGGUUUUAGAUCUCAAGAAAAAAAGUACAGAAAGAAGAAAGGAAUAGUAUAAAUUGGAUGAAGUGUGCACAACCAAACACCAACUUUUGAAGCCAUAAUAUGAAUUUUGUGAUACCUCCAAA